AUGGGAGAAGGCACACUGCAUACGGAAGAAGAACCAUACCAGGAAAACUAUCUGAAUGUUAUGGAAGGAGUAUUGGAGGAUGUGAUGGAAGCACCCAGUGAAGAGCAAUAUGGAGAUGGUGUGUUUCGAGCAUUUGAAGCCGCUAAUAAACCAUUAUACGAAGGAUGUGUUGAAGGUAUUUCUCAGUUAUACUUGGCGUCACGUUUAAUGAAAGUAAAAACCGAUCAUAAUUUACCGGAGUCGUGUUUGGAUGAGAUAUCACAAACGUUUAGAGAUGUUCUGCCACAACCAAACAAAGCUCCUGAAUCAUAUUAUGAGAUGAAGAAGUUGACAAAGGCGCUUGGUCUUCCUGUUGUGAAGAUUGAUAUUUGUGAAGAUAACUGCAUGUUAUUUUGGCAGGAAGAUAAAGAUUUGGUGGUGUGUCGAUUUUGUGGGAAAGAUAGAUAUCACCAGAACCGUGGAAAGGGGAAAAAGCGGCCCAAACAAAGAAUGUUUUGCAUGCCUAUUACGAAGAGGUUGAAGCGAUUGUACCAACUUGAAGAAACUGCAGCACAAAUGCGAUGGCACGCAGAACAUGAGUCGCCCGAAGGAGAAAUGCAUCACCCUUCUGAUGGAGCAGCUUGGAAGCAUUUUAACAAGGUAUAUCCUGAUUUCACUGAAGAAAGUCGGAAUAUAUAUCUAGGCUUAGCAACAGAUGGAUUUAACCCAGUUGGUAUGAGUGGUGAAGCACACUCGGUCUGGCCAGUAAUUGUUACUCCGUAUCACUUACCUCCUGGGAUUUGUAUGAAAAGAGAAUAUUUCUUUUUAUCAGUCUUAGUUCCCGGGCCAAGACAUCCAAAGAAGAGCAUUGAUAUCUAUCUGCAGCCGCUAAUUGAAGAAUUACAAAGUUUGUGGAGUCACGGGGCAGAAACAUACGAUAUCUCGAGAAAGGAAACAUUCACGAUGCGAGCCGCAUUAAUGUGGACAAUUAAUGACUUUCCUGCUUAUGGCAUGAUGUCAAGUUGGAUGACUCAUGGUCGUUUAGCUUGUCCAUAUUGUCUCGAUGAUACAAAGUCAUUUUGGUUGCAACACGGAAGGAAGCAUAGCUGGUUUGACUGUCAUCGAAUGUUUCUACCUAAAGAGCAUCCUAACAGGAGAAAUGUCCAAGCGUUUCGAAGGGGGAAGACAAUAAGUGAUGAUCCUCCACCAUGGUUGACAGGAGAAGAAAUUCGCUAUGAAAGAAUCAACAACAUUGUUGGGCUGAAGAAAAUUGUUGAAUGUGGAGGUGACGGACACGAGAAACCUGCAAGCAACAUAGAAGGCUACAGAAAAGAUCACAAUUGGGUGAAGAAGAAGAUCGCACUCUUCUUUCAGGAUAUCUCUGCAAAAAUACUAAAGGAAGAAGAUGUUGCCAUUUUAAAAGAAAACAUUGCGGUGAAGCUUUGUAAGUUGGAAAAGAUUUUCCCACCUUCGUUUUUUGAUGUUAUGGAGCAUCUCGUUGUGCAUUUGCCAGAUGAAGCUGCUCUAGGUGGUCCAGUGCAAUAUAGAUGGAUGUAUCCUUUCGAGCGAUACCUGUACCAUCUGAAGAAAAAGUUUAGAAAUAAGGCACAUAUUGCAGGUUCCAUUAUUUCCCAAUGUCUUACUGAGAAGAUUUCUAGAGCUUCUGCACAUCACUUUGGAAAUCCAGAAGUGCCUACUACCGUUUUGCAACUUGGAGAUAUUCGCUUUACAUAUCAUGAUCCAGAUGUGCCAAAUAUGUUUUACCAUGAAGGUCGAGUUAGUGGAAAAAUGGAGCAGAGGCAUCUAACCGAUGAUGACUAUACUGUGUUACAAACAUUUUUGAUGCUCAAUUGUCUUGCAUUUGAGCCCUACGAAAGGAUGUUUGAGGAGUUUAUGAUGGACAACAAGCCAAAUAUAUGUGGUGAUGAUCUACAAAUAGCGAAAGACAACCACUAUGCGGAAUGGGUGAAAAACUAUGUUAACGAAGCGAGUAAGAUAUAUCAGUUUCCAUUGUGGAUGUUGGAUUUCGUACAAGGCCCAAAACGAAAUUAUAAAGCCUGGCCGAUUUAUUUUUCACGAGGAUACUGCUUCCACACACAUAGCCAUGGCCAAGAUAAAAGAACCCAACAUUACGGUGUCCAAGUCCGGGGUACGACAGACACUGACUAUUACGGCUUGAUAAAGGAGAUAAUGAUGGUUGAGUAUUCUGGUUCUGUUGGGCUUAAAGCCAUGGUUUUCAAAUGUAAGUGGUUUGAUACAAUUGUGGGUCGGGGGAUUCGAAAACGUAAAUCAGAAAUCGUCGAUGUGUCUCCGCGCUGGCAGUACGAUAAAUAUGAUCCAUUUAUCUUAUCUGGUAAUUAUGAUCAAGUUUGUUUCAUUCCUUAUCCGCCGGUUCGAGGCACAUCAUCAAACGAUUGGUGGGCAUGUACGAAAGUUGUGCCUAGAGGGGUUCGAGAAAUUUCUGAAGAUGCUCUUACUGCGCUACAAGAUGAUACACACAACCAAGUUGUUGCACCAAGUGAAAUGUUACGCUUUGAAACUUAUGUUGUGGAAGAUGAUUCAGAUUAUGAUUCGACGCCGGUUCAUCCUCCCAAUGACGGAUACGUUUCUGAAGAUGAGUUUGAACCGUCAUGUACCGAUUCUGAUUCAGGGUCUGAUUCAAGUUCUUAG